CACAAAUCAUCCUAAAAUCAUCCUACGUGUGUUCUUCCAGAGAAAAUAAUGACGAGCUAUUGUGAGGAUCGAUCGAGUCGCGUUAUUUUACUAUUCGGUCUCCAGCUUUACAGUCUGCACCGCAGCGAUUCAAGUUGAUUUGACGGCUCAGACAUGACAUCUGCCAAGCACUGCCAAUCUUCGACGCGAAUAAUUACGCUGUACUUGUUCGCUGGUAUACGCUAUGUGGCUCAGAAUGAGUUGGCUCCGGAUACUUUCCAAGACAAGCAAUGACUCGGUGUUCUGCGGAAUGCUGGAAUAAAGACGCGCAGGUAUGCACGGUUUCAGUCCAACAAAGCAACUGCAGCACACUCUCGAGCCCAUUGAAUAUCCUCAGAAAUGGGCUACUAUUACGACGCAUCACUUCCGCCGCAGCCGAGCUACCAGACUUACACUCCAGAAGCAGAAGUUUUCCCCUUUGCCUGCCUACAUUGUCGUCAGCACAAGACGAAGUGUGUUCCUCCAGCAAACUAUCAGCAGACUUACGCGCCUUGCGGACGAUGCGCGCGUAAAGGCUAUAAGUGCGAUUACUACAUGAGUGUGGAGCCUGGCCCGAGUGGAAUGACCAACCAUGUGAACGCUCCGGCUCACCAGGCAGCUCCCGAACUUCCAUAUACCGGUCCACCACCCUCCCGAUCCCAUCCUCGUUACGCCAAUGGGAAAUACCCAGAUCUGUCUUUGCGAGCCGACUCGCGAUCGCAGACGCCAAAGCCGCACGGAGCUGCUUUUCACCAGCCAGAUUUCACACAAACCUGGGAUCAGCGACUCGGAUACGGCUCGGCUCCUCACGCCAUGCACACACAUAGCAGCGGACAUUAUGCACCCCAGUAUCCAGUAACGGACGUUUCGCAGUACCCACCUCAGAAUUAUCAAGGGUACCCGCCAGGAUAUUAGAGUUAGACGAUACCUGAAAAGCCAGACAAGCUUCAACUAUGUAGACGACCUAUUUGACAUGUAUAAUAUGUACGAUACGUAUAGAGACGAUUUCAG